GUCCUUCUGCCCUCGCGUCUCUGCCUCCGGCCCUCUCUCGCCCUCGCCCUCCCUCGCCCUGCCCCUCGCGGAGUGCCUGGUCGCUGGUGCUGCUGGUGGUGGCUGGCUGGCUGGCUGUGGGUACUGCUGCUGCUGGUGUGGCUUUCAAUCCCGCAUUCACUAGGCCAGCCCCCUUUUGAUGUGUGUUUCUCCCUUCCUGCCUCCUUUCACCACUUUCUUCUUCUCUCCUUCUCUGACCUCUGUGUGGAGACAGCCAUCGCCGCUGGGGCGUUGUGCCAUCCUUCUUCUGCGCUCGUUGCAGUCUCUGCUCGUAUAAGGUUGCGUGGUGGCACAGCGAGAUCUGUAAGGAGGACGCGAUAACGUUUCUUGUGAUGUGCUGAUCUUGUACACAGAGGGCGAGAUCUGGCGUUGCAAUAGUCGAUCAGUACAGAUUGAGCGCCUAUCACAAGGACGGACGUGAGGGGUAGCGGUGCGGAAGAGGGAUUUCUGGUAGGGCAGAGUGAGCCUUGUUGCGGGAGCGACGACGCCAGCACGGGACGAGUGGGUAGAAUAAUUUCCAGCCCCGGCUUGGUUGGGUUGGAUAGUCAGGUGUAGACUUAGAGAAGGGCGAAGCGUCUUUGUCUUCUCCAAGGUUCAAUCAGUAUCCCAUCUCUUUGUCUUCCCGAGAGAGGGCCCUUGGGAUACAUCCAGCGGCCUGACGCAAAGCCAGGACCAAUGGCAGGUCAGCCAAGUGCUUCUGCUCCCGUUCCGGCUGCUGCGCACGUGGUGGGAAAUGCCUUCGUGAACCAGUACUACCAUAUACUGCACAACACUCCCAACGUCGUACACCGCUUCUACACUGACGAUAGCAGGCUUACCCGGGCCGAAGCAGGAGCAGAUGGCGCCGUUGAGACAUUCUGUUCGCAACGUGAGAUCGACGAGAAGGUCAUGUCUCUGGAUUACGGUGAUGUCAAGGCGGAAAUUUUCACUGUAGACUCGCAGGAUUCGUUCUCUGGUGGAGUGCUUGUUAUGGUCACGGGAUCCCUAUCAAGCAAGACGAUUGGUAAGAGGAAUUUUGUACAGAGCUUCUUCUUGGCUCCCCAAGCGAAGGGCUACUACGUUUUAAAUGAUAUCUUCAGGUAUCUUGACGAGGAGCCCAUCACGAGCAAGUCACUACCUGUUCUUGCGAAUGGCAUCCCGGAGCCCACUCCCAUCCACAAUGCAGUUGAACCAGAGCCGAUUCUGACUCCCGAUCACGAAGCAAGGGAUGAACCCUCACCUCCCCCAUCAGAGGUUGAAAUCGAUGAGAUCUUCGAUAUGCCAGAGCAGCAUGUCGAAGUCUCCGAAGCGGAGGAGGAUGGUGGACUCGAAGAUUUGACACACGUGGAGACCACUCCUGUGAUUGACGAGCCCCCUUCACCUAUGGCAGAACCUGCAGCUGCUGCCCCACCUAUGGAAGAGACCUCCGGAGAAGUGCCAAAAAAAUCUUAUGCAUCCAUUCUUCGGCAUCAGACCGCCGGGACUUCUCUGUCAUCUCCAACUUACAACGCAGCUCCCAAAGCUGCUACUCCUGCGCCUGAACGACCUGCCGUGUCUCCUGGAUAUCAACCGGGGCCCGCAGCAGCUCUCAGUGGCCAGGAUAGUAUGGAGGAAGGUUUACCCAUCGAGAACGAAGUCGACGGAAGGUCGGUCUACGUGAAGAAUCUGCCUAUCGUCGUGACGCCUUCUCAACUUGAAGAAGAGUUCUCCAAGUUUGGACUCAUCAAACCUGGAGGUGUGAAUGUUAGAAGCCAAAAGCAAGGAGUGUGUUACGCUUUCGUAGAGUUCGAAGAUGCCGCAUCAGCCGCUAGUGCCAUUGAGAGCUCGCCCAUCACCCUAGGUAAUCGCCAGGUCUACAUCGAGGAGAAGAGGCACAUGGGACCAAGAGCCGGUGGUAGGGGUCGCGCGCCCAUGGGCGGUCGUGGUGGUGACAGACCCUUCCGCAGCGACGGUUUGAGAGGAGGACGCGGUGACAGGGGAUUCCAAGGUGGACGUGGUGGAGGUAUGGGUGGCGGUCGAGGACUUGGUCAAGAUCGGGACAUGUCCAACAGGGGUCGUGGAACUGGCCCUGCCCGAGGUGGCAGCGGCAAUUAUGGUGGUGCUAACAAUAAUGGUGGAAACGGCGGAGCCGGAGCUAACGCUGGUGGUGCUGAGAAUCACCGUCCGAGUGGAAACGCCAACAGGCCACCCAGGCGCGGGGGCAACAACAACCAGAUGUCGAGAAAUGGAGCUGUGUCUCGCGGAAGCACGCCUGUUGCUGCAGCCUGAAGUGUUACUACAGAAGGGGUUGUAACUAAGCGAGGUGGACGGGAGGGCACUGGACGUAUGUAUGGAGCAUACUAGAGAGAAUUUUUCUCUUUUGAAGUGCUAUGCGCAUGCCGUUGGAUGUCUACAACGGGGAAGGAACUUAACUGCUUCAAGAGCAGGAUGGAUCAUGGUGCCUGGUUCGCAAUUUUCUGUAGCUCGCGUCCUGUAUCUCAGCAUCAUAUCGUGUGGGGCAUGGGUAUGUCAGGGGCUGGUGACUGUUAAAAAAUGAAGUGGCUUUAGGGAACACACCAGGUAGUUCCGUUCCUGAGCACUAGAAUUAGAUUUGUAAGAUUGGUGACAUUGCUGAGGCUCGUAGAUUGAUUACUUGGAAGGGGGAACAUUGAGUUUCUCUUCUCCAUAGCAGUUUUGUCUGGCUGGAACAUGUAGUGUUUCUUGAGAACUGUCUUAGAAGAAGUUUUAGAAUAUCAGCUCCUAGUUUUUUGAGUGUAGCCGCCAUUCUAAUUCGCUAAUUAGAGUUGGUCGACGACCCAUCUGGUUUCAGCUGGCCUCUUCCAGUCAGCUCCACCCUGGCCUGGAUGUGCUAAGGGAAGAUGAAUAAUUAGUAGAGUGUGGGAGUAUGCCAUUGUGCUAUUUAUAUGUCGACCAAUUGGACCAAAUUUAGCUUGAGAUAAUCGCCUUCCACAACGAAUAGGUGCACCUGUUGUCGAUUCAUUCAUUCUUCAUGUAAUUUGAACUUUCUAAAUGU